AUGUGCGCUGCACUUGACAUUCUUCUACAAAGUGUUCCUCAUUUCAAGGGCUUAAUAAAAGAAAAUCCACCUGUAAGCUAUUUCGAAGAGAAUUUAUGCACUCAUUAUAAUUUGAUCGGCUCCUGUACAAUCGACGAACAUUAUCACGUCGCUUUGCCUAAUACUACUACAGUAGCUACAGUAAGAGAGUGGUUGUAUGGUCAACGGUCACCUAAAUUGUUGAUUACUCUAACACCUGUUAACAGCCGUAUAUCACACCUCACAAAAAGCAAUGAACUAAGAAAAAAACUGGUGGAAGAUGUAACACAGUAUUUGGUGGCGAACGAGGUUGACGGUUUCGACAUCGAUUGGGAAUUCCCGGUAUGGAGUUGGGAUGCACAGCCUACGGAUAGAAAAGGUCUAUCUGUCCUUGUCAAAGAACUACGAGAAAGUUUCGAUCAGGCGAAACGCAAUCUACUGCUAAGUGCAGCAGUGGCUGCACCCGCUACAAUUGUUGAUAAGGCUUAUGAUAUUAAUUCAUUUAACAAGUAUUUGGACUAUGUCCAAAUUAUGAACUACGAUUUCCAUAUGUACUCCAAGCUAGAACCUUUCACAGGUUUUAACGCACCACUGUUUCGUAAACCGUAUGAAUUUGGAAUAUUCGGCAAAAUGAAUUCGCAUUAUUCGACUCAACACUGGCUCAAAAGGGGUCUCUGGGCCAACAAGACCAUAUUCGGCAUACCCACGUACGGACGUGGAUAUACGCUUCUCAGCAAGUACCUUCACUUCCUCUACGCUCCAGCUAUCGGACAUGCAAAUAUCGGUGCCAUGUAUUCAUUUGUGUGUAAUCUGACGGAAACAAAGAAUUAUAAAUAUGUGUUCGAUGGAAAGACACGAUCAGCAUAUAUUUACGGUGGUGAUCGGCAAUGGUUAGGACUAGAAAAUCCAACAGCGAUGUUUUCAAAGGCGAAUUACACGAAAGCACACAACCUUGCCGGCAUUAUGAUAUACGACCUGGGAUCCGAUGAUUAUAAGGGGGUGUGCAAGCUUGGAACAUAUCCGUUGAUAAAAGCCGCCAAAGUGGCAGUAAUGAGAAACAAAAGCGGGAAAAAGCAAAUCGAUAAAAAAUUACGUAGCUAUUGGAAAAAAGAGAAAAGGAAUGAUGGAAGAAGUCUAGAGAGAGGAAAAGAAUAUAACGAGGAACACUCUAACUAUUCAAGUUAG